AGAUGGCCGCAAAUCUGAGCAACUGAUGUUCCGUCCAUUAGACAGUUAGUAGUUAAUUUUUCCGGACAUAAAUGGUUGAUCUCGUCAACUAGAGUAAGAGAGAGGCGUUAACACAGAUCCGGUUAAAAUGGGAGUAACUUGCUUGAUUCCAGUGGAACUUCCAGAAGGAAAAAGUGGCCAACAGGCUCUUGCAGUUGAGAAGCUUCAAAAACGUGCCGAGUUAAUGGGUGCUCAGAAGACUGGUAACUGGUGUGUCAACUGUGAGACUUACCAGGCAGUAACGACAUUCAGUACAGCUAGCAAACUCAUUCAUCUGGUGCAUAGUACAGAAUUUCCCUACUCAUCAUUUGCUGUUCUGGAGACAGGCACAUGUCUGGUAGCAGAUUCUGGUUUUGAUUCCUUGAUGUCUAAACUUAAGACAUUCUAUGCACCAAGAAAAACAUCGAAAAUAGAGGCGAAAGGACAUCGCUAUGAGUUGGGAGACUUUGUUCUUAAGUUCGGACAAGUUUCUGCAGGUCCAAGUUUUAAAGGAAUCGUUGUUGAGGUGGAAUAUCUGCCCUGCUUAGAUGUUCAACAAUGUUGGGGAUUGAUCAGUGAGUUUCUGUUGAGCUUUAUGGAUCCUUCAAUCGUGCUUCCUCCACCUCCCAAAUGCAGCAAUAAAACAAGUGAACUGUUUUGUCCAUCAGACACGAUACUCCAAUACAUUGAAGUGUUUAAUACGUAUAGAAAGUCUGCUGGAGCCACUUCUUUGUCUUAGCAAAUAAACAGUCCAAAGCCUCUUGUAUGGGUUUUGUAUCUAAUGAUCCAUUUUGCAGUUGUGUGCUUGGUUGCCAAGCCUUUGAACAGGAGUGAUGCUAAGAUUGACCUUUUUAUGAUCCAAACCUUGCUGCUUUUCAAAUGCAAAUUACUUUGUUAUCAUGCUAAUUAGAUACUGGUCUGUUUCACAACAAGGUCACCUUCAGCCUCAUUCAAAAUCAAAAGCUUGGCAACUAAGUAUACAAUUGUGAAAUGGCACUUUAUCCAGUUUAGAUUGUAAAACUUCGAAUAAGUGUAACUCGCUUCUCAUGUAUUAAUAAUAAGUGAAAUCUUUUAGCACUUUUUUGACUGGUUGGGCACAAUAGAUGUAAAUCAAAGUCGGGGACAAAUAAGAUCGACAUUGAUACAGAAUCGAAUAGCAAAGGAUGUGUAUCAAAGUUCCGCGCUUUUUGUUUUGGCGGAAGACAAUGUACAAAAAACGUUUCUGAAAUGCUCUUGAUUUUAUAUGUUUCAUUUAUACACCAAAUAUAUGUGUAUGUUUCGCAAA